UGCCUGUUCCUUGUCUCUCUGACAAUCAGCUUGAAGCUGGGGAGUUGAAGUACUAUGGAGACACUACUAAGGAAGCAAAUGAAAUCCCUGCUAAUUAUCUCUUAUACAAUCAUAUUGAAGCUGGAGGGUCAAAGCAGAAGAGAGAUUCUGCUAAGGGAGUUAUUGAAGCUGGAGGAUUGAACAAAAAGGCAGUAGGAUUAUCCAGUGAAUAUGAAAUAAGGAUGAUCUGAUGCCAGAUCAAUGUGCAUCCCAUCUUGAGGCUCAAAGCAGCUCUGCUGAUCCCCUUACUCGAGAUAGCAGCAAUACGGAGAAACAUGCCAAUCCCGGUGGUAGUGAAUUUGGAAAGGACAGUGUGGAUAUAAGUUUGAAGCGGAAGCAGUCACUACAGUAUGAUGAUUCUGAACAGAAGAGUGGCAAGCAAAUGCAUACCAUCCCCCAUCCAUCUGUACCCCAUCAGUUUCCUUCCUCUGCUUCAUGUCAUAGUCUCCUAUUGCCAGAAGGCCCAGAAACCACUGGUCAUGGCUGCAUAGACGCUGUUGAUAGAACCUUAAACAAAUUUGCCACCACAAAGCACAAAAGGUUAGGUUUAGCUGGCAGGAAAAUGUCUUUGGGAUCAUUGGGUUCAUCUCAGAGAAAUAACAAGGAGAAUUUAAUUUCUCUCGACAACGUUGCUGAUUCUAAGGCUAAUUUGCAUUCUAAACCCUCACCCUUGCAUGCAAUAUCCAAAGCUGGUGAUUUUGAUGGGCAUGUGGGAAAGUAUUCUGCAAAGGUUGUUCAACAGAAGCUGGGUGUGAAGCUGCAAAGGCAACCUUUGCAACCUAUGGUUCAUGUUCAAGAAAGUAACAAUCAUCAUUUUCAGUUGGAUCAGAAACAGCCUAAACUAGAUCAUGAGGAAAAACUAGAAACAAAUAUUAAGGAACAUGAAAUAGGAUUACCAAUAUCUGAAGCAGUGAUUGUAUUGGAUAGUGAUGAUAGUGAAGACGAAAGGAGCUUGCCUACGAGGUCUAGAUUGUCACUUGCACGAAAAUGUUUGCCUGGGAAGCGAAAAGCUAAAGCAUAGAAUUUUCCAUUGUGUGGAUGGUCAAGAAGCAUAAGCAGUACAUGGAUCCAUAAUCUGUGGGGGAGAAUAUUUUGUUGACUAAUUGCUGCAUCAAACAUAAUGACAGCAAGCUUUUAACAUCACUGCAGCUGUAUGUCCUGGAUAACUACAUUUUCAGGCUAUCUGGUUAGUCUUUCAAUGUUUUACUUGUUCCAUGCUACUCAUGCUUCUUAUCCAUUCAAUAUUGAGUUAGACUUUUUGUUCAUUUUGUGUUUAAGCCAAUAAUAAGGAAUAUAUUUCGCAGCAUAUAAAGUUUAUAUUUUUUAGUGGUUUCCUU